UCUUGAGUGUUUAGAGCUGAGUAAAAGAAAGAUGGAGAACAAGAAGGUUGUUGGUUUAAGCAACUAUUUUCAGAUGCCGUUGCAUUAUCCCAGGUACAACAGGAAAGAUUAUGAAGACAUGCCGGAGUGGAAGCUUGACAGAUUGUUAAUGGAAUAUGGUUUACCAGCCAUGGGUGAUUUGGCUUACAAGAGAGAAUAUGCAAUGGGGGCUUUCCUCUGGCCUGAUAUAGUCCCUGCUUCUUGCCCAAAGUUCGCAAUCAUGAAAUCUUCUCCACCAACACCAUCAGUUUUUGGAAAAUGUUUUUUUGGGGUACAUCUCCCUCUGAAGAAGAAGAAGAAGUCUGAAUAUAUCUCUUCUGCUUGAUAGAUGAAAAAAAUG